AUGGAUUUCUCGUACCUCACACUGAGCCUUUCAAACGCAUUUUUAUCUUACACCGCCACCAUGCUAAACAUUGUUACAAUCCACGCGAUCAGAAAGACUUCGUCUUUGUCAAAAAAUUUAAAAGCAUUGCUCCUGAGUCAGGCCUUUUCUGAUCUUGGUGUCGGAUUGCUGGCUCAGCCAAUGUAUCUUGCACGUCUUAUUAUGGAGUCGAAGCUAAACAGUGGGACUAACAGUUCUUAUAAUGCCAUCUAUAUCGCGUACCUUAUUCCGACCAAUUUAUUUACUCUCGCUACGUUGUUUCUCAUUGUUAUUCUGUGCGCUGAGAGAUUCGCGUCCCUUCAUUUUUACCUUAGUUACCAUGAACUUGUAACACACAAACGCGUUGUUGCUGUGGUCGUCUCAAUUUGGUUCCUUAGCGGACUUCUUUCAUCAAUGAGACUUUGGAUUCCUAAAAGUACUACGUACGUGGUUUACGGAGUUGCUGGUUCUUCUUGCAUUAUAGCUGCCAUUUUUUUCAGUGUCCGAAUUUAUUUGUCCGUGCGACGCCACGUGAACCAAAUUCAAGUGCUGCAGCUACAACAAGUAUCGCAGAACGGUGAAAUGACUAACAUUAAAAGGAUGCGUAAGUUUGCUAUCAUGGCAGUUUACGUUUGCCUGGUUUUGCUGGUUUGCUAUCUGCCAAAUGGUUUCACUUUAUUUGUUACUGCCUUAAGCGGAUCAAACACUGGUAUAAAUCACGUUCAUCACUAUACUCUAACGCUAGAGCUUCUGCAUUCAUCGCUUAAUCCACUGAUAUACUGUUGGAAGAUGAAACACGUUCGACACACUGUCAUUGGCAUACUGCGAAAUGCAUUGAAAUUGUCAAAGCACCACUAA